GUUGCUGCUUCAGCCAUCCGAGUCCGUCCGAGUCGGAUCAAAUCCCGUCUUCCUGCUACUACCACAAAAGACGUAUGAUACGUUCGUGGACGAGGUUUCCGGUCAAAGGUUAAAGCGGCAAAAUUGUGACAGGUAAUGUUGCACGUGUCCUUUGCAUGAAAUAAUUUGGCAAUUCGAAUAUUCACUGAAAAAUUCAAAGUUUUUCUCAGAAAUUACUUGAUAUUCUCCCUGCUAAAUUGAAGCUAUUCGACGGUUUACGGUUUUGAGAAUGGGACGUCGCUGUCAUGCACUCAAGGAGGAAUGAUAUACUGUACUAGCAGGCCCUACAAUACAGUGACACGUGUCAGACAGGCACGUCAGUAGGCAGGCUUUACAUGCGUGGUGGUGAAGCGCCAGUUGUAGGUGGUAGACAGAAAAGGAGGGCACAUACAAAUAACGACGUGCGUCAUAUGCAUAUUAAUAUACUCAGGAUGCACAAGGUGUGUACUUUAUAAACAUUAUGAGGCAAGUCAUUCCACAUGGCCUCCUUUCAUGCCUUUUCUGUCUACCUAGGUAGAUGUGGACAUAGGUUCAACCCCCUAGGGUGUACAGGUAUGUAUGUAAAAUGAAAAAAAUCGGAGGAUUUGGAACUCUUUCAAGGGCCGUUACACUAGUUGUACCCUUUGGCUUACUGCACUGAUUUUUCCGAAUUUUUGCAUAUAUUUUACUACUGUAUAGCUUCUUGACAUGCCUGAAAAUUUCUCUAAUUAGGCCUGGGCCAUGGCAGGGUAGGGGCUGUAUUGUGCAGUUGUGUAAGUCAGAUUUACUUCUCAUCAUUCACAGUCUAAUCUAAUUCCACAUUGGCCGAGGCGUGUUAGGCGUGGCAUAUUUUUUACAUACAUGAAGUAGAGGAAACUUUGGGCUUCACUUUUUUCACUGUUUGUUGGUAUACAUGUAUGUGGCAGAUGUUGGCCUAAAAUAAUGUAAGGUCAUGAGAAUGAAUAUCUUGGACUUCCGUCCACCGCCCACAUAGGGCCUACCGCUGAAACAACCACCAAAAUUUUUUUAUUAUUUUCCAAAAAGUUACUAGGCCCUAUUUCAGAAAUAUCUUUUUUGUCCCUUUGGGAAUGUUUAAAAAUGGCUGCUAAGUAAAUCAGGAGUUCGUAGUGCACCUGCGUACAAAUGGCACGAUGAAAGACAGACUGAGAACUGGUUUACUUUAAGGUUGGUUCUCUUUUCAUGGACUCAUACUCACUAUCGAUGUGCGGUAUGUACACCAACUAAUGACUAAUGAAAAAAAUCCUCAUGGGUUUUCAAAAUUGUCCAGACAGAGAACCAGUAUGUUCAUUCUCAUAGCCUAAUUGUGACCUAACCUAACCAGUAUGUUCAUUCUUAUAGCCUAAUUGUGAUCUAACCUAACCAGUAUGUUCAUUCUCAUAGCCUAAUUGUGAUCUAACCUAACCAGUAUGUUCAUUCUCAUAGCCUAAUUGUGACCUAACUAGCCCUAAAUAUUUGUAAUUGUGACGUAAAUUCAUAAAUUAUUACAAAUUUGCUACCAGGCUGGCAUUCUUGCGGUCAACAUGAUGUCACUAUGCACUUUUAAAACAUGGCAAAGUGGCAAAUUUACCCUUCGUGCUAUUCAACAGUGUACAAAAGUUCCCGUGACCGUGAGAAAGCAAGGUAUCAUGACCAUUGUAAAUGUUUUGUGUACGUGUACUUAUCAACAUGACAUAAUUUUUGUCAAAAUAAUUAAUUUACUUGCUUGAAAUGAACUGAAAUCUUUUCUGUUUUAUUGAUAAUGAAUUGUUAGACCUACAUGUAGAACUCUUUAAAACUACCAACCAAAAUUUUUCAACAGAGUAAAAGAACAUAAUCAGCAUGUACUGUGCGUCUUCGCUCCAAAGUUCUCAGUAAUAAAAAUACACUGAUUAGAAUUAUUUUUAAAACUCCUCCAGUCUAGAGUUAUUAAUAUAUCAGUGAUGUAAUUUUUCUUCCUGUCAAUUUUUAGUAGGGAGUGUAUGGACGAGUGUAUAAAUGAAGAACGUAAUAUCUCUGAAUUGUGGAUGAUGCAGUAAUCCUCAAAACCAGGCAGAAUGGAAGCCAUGCGAACUGACAAAACUGAUUUCACUGAUAAAAUCAGGCAAAUUGAUGGUCUUGUGACACAGUUAUGUCAGGAGUACGAUGAAAACAAGUGUGAUGGGAUCAUUGACCUGUUACUAGACAUCUCCCAGUCCUUAAUUGGCCUGUACACCAGAGUACCACAGCGCCAGGCUGUUGAAAUGCAGAUACAGAAUUGGUCAGUGUCAUUGUGGGAUGUUGCAGUGGCAAGAAAAACAGGAGAAUCAUUGACACAGGAACUCAAUUCCAAAGUCAGACAUAUUGCAUGCAAUCUUGCCUUCUCCAUCCCAUCUUCAAGGGAAACAUUUGCAUUUCUCAAGAAGCGGAUAAUGAUGGCUGGCGGAACGGGGCGUGCCUGGCUGGAUUGCCAAAAACCCAUGAUGGCGGACCAGUCUUUGAGCUUAGCAAUGGAUGGAUUGGAGAAGAUGAGGAAGAUGUUAGAAUCUACUCCUUCUGGUUCAUCAGAUGAAUGGAAAGAGGCCGAACAGCUGCAAUACAUAGAUAUGGACAAAGAAGUAUUCAAGAUUUAUGUCACCAAAGCAGAGUCGUCUGUCAUGCAAGAUGAUCAUGCUGUUGGGUUAGAAUGGAUUCAAAAAGCCAAAGAACUUCUGCCACAAAUACCGAAUGAGUCUUCUUACCUAGCUCUGCUGUGCUAUAACUUUGGUUGUGACAGUGUGGACAAGAAGCAUUACAAAGCUACUAUUGCGUGGCUAAGAGAGAGUCUUGAGUUAGGCAAAGGAGAACACCCUAUUGAAUCAGAAUUUCAGGCUAGGACUCUACGUUUGCUUGCCAGCACUUACCUAGACUGGGAUCCAGAACAGUACGGUCAGAAAGCUUUGAAUGCAGUUGGUUUGGCUAAUGCUGAACACAGUCAUCCCUCAGGCCUCCAUCUUAAGAUCAAGAUUCUGCUGUGUGUCAAUGGCAGUGACAACCGAAUUAGAGGAGCUGUAGAUGAUCUAAUUAGCCAUGCUGACUUGAGUGUUAACCUGGCUGUCCAUACAGUGAAGAUGCUUGCUCAGCAUGAUAAACUGGACAUCAGUUUAUAUUCCUGUCAAAAAAUGGCAAGUUGUUUCUCAUCACACUCUGACAUUGGUAGAGUGUAUCUGCAGCAUCUAGAGCUGUUGCUUAGCAACAAGAAGAUAUCAGAGGCAAAGACAUUUGUAGAGGAAUGCAUAACAGAUCAUUCUUCAGUCUUUGAUGUUGACAUCAAUAACCAGAGACAUUUUCACUCUGUUCUGUGGGACCAGGCAGCCAGUGCCUACGAUGUGGAUGAUAAUGCUGAAGCAUUAGCAUGGUACAAUUGCUCACUGACUCUCCUGACUCGAUCAGACCCAAAGCAUGAAAGUCUUGCUAAACUACAGAGGAACAGAGCAUCAUGCUAUCUCAACCUUCAGCAACUUGAUAAGGCUUUGGAAGCAGUGAAAGAAGCUGAGAAGCUAGAUCCAACCAGUCCAUUCACAUGGUACAUACUGUAUAAGGUGGCUUUGUGGCAAGCAAAUGAAGAAGAAGCUACCCAAGCAAUUCAGAGACUGUGUGAUUGCAGUAAGGAAGAAAAGCAAGAAGAUGGUAGCGAUAAUAAGGAGACGGUACUCAGUCUGAUCUGUCUAGCUGCUCAGAUGGCAUUGGAGAAAGACAAUCGCAGCAUCGCUAUGCGAUGUUUGGAGAAAGUGGUGCAAUACUCAGAGGAUCAACAACAGAUCCUGACAUCACUGAGAUGCUUGACAAGAUUACAGCUGACAUCCGCUCAGGGAAAAGACAAUGUGACUGAGGCUAAUGCAGUUUUAUCAUACAUGAAGACAGCUUAUGACACAGUACACACGGAAAUUGAUAAGGAUGAUGUUGACAUUGAAUGGUCUCAAGAAGCUCGCUGGUUCAUGAAAAUAUCAUGGAACAUGGCUCUGGAGUUGACGGAGAAAAGCACUUUGACCCAUGAGUUCUUCAUGAUUUGCAGCAAGUUCAGUCACCUGCUUCCUCCAGAGCAGAAUAACGCUGCUCAUCAGAAGACUUGUCUGUUGAUGGCUUCAGCUGCUGCCCUUCAGAUGGCUAGAGAACAGCUGAAUCAGGAUGAUAAGCUUGCUUCCUUCAAGCUGUGUCUUGAUCACGUCCGAGCCUGUAGGGACAUCAAUCAGGAACUUCACCCAGAACAAGGGAGUGACAGCAAGGAAACAACAUCCAUAUUGUUGACUCUGUAUGAGUUCGAAGCUGUGGCAAAUCUAGGUGAAGUGUCUGAGUUGGAUAGGAUCCUGGAGGCGGUUGGGUCAAAUCCUACCACAGAAAUCAAGACAUUGGAAACCAUGGCUGCCCUGGUCAUGGAACCCCCUUUCCUUCCCUCGUCAAUCUGCAAGAAAGUGCUGCAAGUUGUCAUCCAGAAGUACCUCCAGCAACCUGAUGGGAUGGACCUCAAUAAAUGCAGCAAAGCUCUUCAUGGCAUAAUAGAGCUAUGUCUCAAGGAUGUAAGAGCAAGUUAUGAUACAGCCAGUAAACAGGAAGCAUGGACGCACUUCAUAACAGAACUCAACUUGAUAGAAAACAACCAGGGGACUACAAAAUACCCAGAGAUGCAGAUCUUGUGGCUGUUAACCCAAGCUUGGAAUACAGGCAUUCAUCUCCUCAAUGGAGGGCAAUUGACUGAUGCAGAGAAGUGGUGUGGCCUAGCUGUCAGAGUUAUGAAUCACCUGACCAGCCUGAAAUCCAAUUAUGAAGAAAAGAUGAAGACUAUCUAUUCUGAAGUUCUGGAGAAGAUUGAAAGAGAGAAAUUGAAGGGGAACCUGGAGGAGGAAUGAAACUUGGUAAGAUCAAGGUACAGUGUGCAUGUAGAUAUAGCUGCCAGAGAUUGGUGCUCUCAAUGUCUCUUUAAGAUCCGUUGAUAGUCAAGCCAAUACUUUGUUUUUGGAUGUUAUAUUAUUGACAUUCUUUUUUCUAGGUCAUUUGUUAGUGUGCCAAAACUCUUUGAUUAAAAACACUGUUAGCCAAUUGCUGUGGUGUGAUUUUGCUUUACUGUGAAUGUUUUUUGCUCAUUUAUCAAGACUCAACAAGGGAGUUUUAGUAGAGUCAACAAUUGUAGUGAAGAUCAUUAUUGAUUGUCUUUCUUUGAAGCAGUCAACAAGUAGUCUGAAGUGAUUGCUUUCUUGGAUUUCUUAAUCUUUGAAAACUGACAAAAACUAAGCAACAUAUAUGCACAGUGUGACAUUCUUACUUUUGGUAAUUUUUCAUUGUUCAAAAUGUGAUUUUUUAAUCCUAAAAAGAGACAGAAUAAUUGUCUAACUGUGCUUUUUGGUCAUUAAAUUGUCUUAUGAUAUUCAGGUUUUUAUCAACACUGGAAAAAUAACUGUUUGAAGGUUUUCAUGUUUAAAGUGCUCAUGCAUUGAAAAGAGUUUCAGAUUUACCUAGGUGAGUGGUUUUAAAUCUUCCAUCAGGCAUUGUUGAUUGUUAUAUGAGUUCUUGUGUUUAGGAAGCAUUUGAAUAAAGAAAACUUCACGUUGGUUAUAA